AUGUAUUACAUAUCAUUUUCUUGUGUAUGGUUAGGUACACUGGCAUGUACACUGGCAGGAUCGUGUUUAUUGUUGUGUGUCUUGCAUUAUAUAUUUUUUCACUUUUUGAAUAAAAAAAAAAAUGAAUUUCUUAGUUUGUUAAGAGAGAAGGAAAAUGUUGGUAUCAUUAUUGCACACCCGGAUGACGAAAUCAUGUUUUUUUUCCCUACCAUAAAAUUACUAUUUGAUAAGAAAAAAAAAGCGGAAAUUUUUCUUUUAUCUUUAUCAAAUGGGGAUUAUUAUGGACAGGGGAGAAUACGAGAAAAAGAGCUUUACCAUGUCUGGUCAUACAUAGGGGGGUUGAAAAACAACUGUAAAGUUAUAAAUGACCCAAACAUACGCGAUGGAUGGAAUUUCUGGAAUGAGAAGUGUCUUGUUGAUGUCAUAGCAGAUUAUUGCACAAGGAACAACAUAAGAAAGGUUUUAACAUUUGACGAAUAUGGUGUGUCUGGGCAUCCUAAUCAUAUCAGCGUUCACAAUAGUUUGCGAUUACUAUCGAAAGAGAAAGGCAUAAAAGUAUUGACCUUGAACUCCACUCAUUUGAUAAUUAAAUAUUUGGGGUUAUUUUCUCUGCCCUUCCUUUUGCAAACCAAAUUUUUGACAUUCCAGUUCAACCCAGUCUUAUUGUUGAAGUUGAUGUCCAUAUAUAGGUCCCAGUUUGUCUUUUAUCGGAUUUUGUUCUGCAUUUGUUCUCAGUAUGCCUAUUUCAACAGUUUCGAUUUGCUCAAUUAA